GCUUGACGCUGCUCUCUCGGGGAAGCUGCUCUCUAACCAAGCCUCCGGAGCCAAGCAAGCCAGAUCUGCCAGUGAGCCUCCGGCCUUGAACAUUGACCAGAGCGUCUGAAGACCCUACCCAGCUCUCCAAUGGCCAGCAACAACACCGCCAGCAUAGCCCAAGCCAGGAAGCUGGUAGAACAGCUGAAGAUGGAGGCCAACAUCGACAGGAUAAAGGUAUCCAAGGCAGCUGCAGACUUGAUGGCCUACUGUGAGGCACAUGCCAAGGAAGACCCUCUGCUGACCCCAGUCCCGGCCUCAGAAAACCCCUUCCGGGAGAAGAAGUUCUUCUGCGCCAUCCUUUAAGUCUCUGAGAGGAGGCUGAAGAGCCCUGGGGGCUCCUGGGACAUUGAUGUAGAGUUCCUAGCAAAGUGGGCACCUUUCUCGUCCACAGCAUUUAAAGAGAGCGAGGAGAACCAUCCUGGACACUCCGGGCUGUGCAUGUUUAAAGAACUGUCCCUUUAUGAGAAUGAAAGCUGAUUCCACAUCCCAGCUUUAGAGAUCUGACCCUGCAGACCUGCCUGGAGGAAGGCAAUGUAUAAAAACAAAAUCGAUGUCAUUCUUUUCUGCUAUCCCUCUAACGACCUUACAUUUCUGCUUUAUAUUUAAAAACAAAAUAAACAUUAACGCCGGUGUCCCAAGCUGAGAUAUGGCUGACCUUCUGGGAAUGAGAAUUGUCUCUUAAGUACCCUCUGACAAGCUGUUGUCCCGUGUAGCCACCAUUUGGUUUAAUGGCGUCCUUGUUCAGUCCUGUGUGCCUUUUUGUUUUCCAUCCCUUUCUCUUUCUCUAUCCCUCCCUAUUAGAGUAGUAAGGAGUUAAGGCUGGGUUUGUAUGUUAGACUAAACUCUGAGGUGUUUAGAAAGCUGUUCCUUGUGGUAUUUCCUCACAAGAAUAACAAGAAAGAAACAGAAGGAAAGAAAGAACACACACACACACACACACGGACACACACACACGGGCACACUGACACAUGCACACCACAAUGCCGGCUGGCUGUGCUCUCUUACCCCUACUCCUAAUAUUUGUAUAUGAUAGUUUUGAUUCUGCGAGUAAAAGUAAAUCAUGUGUUGUGACUGGUGCUUUCAUAUCUUUGUGAUAGUUUUUGCGUAAUACUGCAUGAAAAUGUCCCUAUGUUGCAUCCAUUCAGAGGUUUUGUUGUUCAGCUGGAAAGCUAAGAAGAGAAAUGAGAGGGGAAAAAAGGUGCCAGAGAGGGAAGAGAAUCCUCUGUGUUUUGAAAACUGAGAUCACUUCAGCGCCUUAGCCAUGCCUGAAAUACCUCCACGUGAACUGUGGUAUAAGUACCUCUUGACAGAUUUCCCCAAUGCACAGCAUUCGGACUCACCCAGGACCCAGGGCAGCACAGUCACCUCACACUGGAGACCGGGGCAGGGAUCCGCCAACACAUUUCCACUUUUCAGGAACCGUGGAAAGCAUGUGCAAACGAAUAUUUUCCAUGUUCAUAACUAGACAGCCAUGGCCCCCGUUAGCUCAAGCAUCAGAGGAAAUAUAGAACCCCAGCUUCAAAGAAGGUGGCCACCUUCAGAACGCCCGUUUGAGAGACAAAGUCCCUGGGUUGCAUUCUGAGCAACCCUAGCAGCCGGCUCUUCUCCCUACUGACAUGUUCCUCAUUUCUCACUCCCCCAAAAUGUCAAAGCGUUCAUUGCUUUGUUCUCCACACCAUUUGUCAGAGCCUCUCUGCCCUGUUGACAGCUUCCUUUGCCUAGUGCUCUCUUCCCACAAUCAAACACUGAGAGAGAUUUUGCCGCUGCAGCUGUAGCCUCCCCCAGCGUCAGAAGGCCCUGGAAGCCUUUCUACUUCCUGUGUUCCUCCUCCCAGUCAAAAAGAGCCUCCUAGACAUCUCCUUUUGUUUUCAAAUCUUGAAAGACCACUGAAUCCAAGUUGACUCUAUUUUCUCCUCUUGCCGUUCUCUUCCUCAUGUUUUAAAAGUGGGGGUUAUUUGGAGGGAAGAGAAGUUUAGAAAGACUUCCUAGAGCAAGGACACAUUUUGAAAUAGAUUUGGUAAAUAUUUUUCUUAACUCUUCAGUGGGUUUUCAGGUAGAGAAAUAAAUAUGUCCAAUUAAAGUUUAUACCUGGGGUUGGGGAGGUGAGGGUACCAGAACAUUUAUCACUGUACAAAUGUAAUUCUGUAAACUGAAACAUCUGUUCUAGUCAGGUCUGGGGUGGUAUAGCUGGUGGAAUGCUCAUGAAGACUUAGUGGUUCAAAACAAACCAACCAACCAACAAACCAACAGAAAAACUGUCAGUCUGUACAGACAUACACCAUUGUGCAAUUAAGAGCACCAUGGAAUCAGCUAACAGCAUCACACAAAGUGAGCUGAAAUGU